AAUCCCCCCCACAAAAUAUUAUUAGGAAAAAGGUUGAAGAAAAUGGGAAGAUCCCCUUGUUGUGAAAAAGCACACACAAACAAAGGAGCAUGGACUAAAGAAGAAGAUGAUCGGCUAAUUGCUUACAUAAGAGCUCACGGCGAAGGCUGCUGGCGCUCGCUUCCUAAGGCCGCCGGACUCCUCCGCUGCGGCAAGAGCUGCCGUCUCCGGUGGAUCAAUUACCUACGCCCUGACCUCAAACGUGGCAACUUCACUGAAGAAGAGGAUGAACUCAUCAUCAAACUCCAUAGUCUUCUUGGCAACAAGUGGUCUUUGAUUGCUGGUAGAUUACCGGGGAGGACAGACAACGAGAUAAAGAAUUACUGGAAUACCCAUAUCAGAAGAAAGCUUUUAAACCGGGGAAUUGAUCCGGCAACUCACCGGCCGCUGAACGAUAUCCCUACAAAUCAUCACACUACUACCACCACCACCACCACCAACAUCAAUAACAAUAAUUCAUCACCGGAAGUCGCCAACACCAUAUCUUUUGCAAACGCUACUCCAACUACUCACGGUACUGCCCAUCAUCUUGUUAAAGAAGAAGCCGAGGAUGAAGCAGAACAUAAUUCUGAUGGCGGUGACCGCCGGAAAAUCAAGAACACGUUGCCGGAAAUUCAAGAAAGAUGCCCGGAUUUGAACUUGGAGUUGAGAAUCAGCCCCCCUCAUCAUCAUCAAAAUAACAGCUCAUCGUCUUCCUCCUCCUCAUCAUACAUACAGCCACAACCACAAGUUGAACAUGUUAAUUACCACCAGCAUCCGCCAUUGAAGACAGGAGGGAGAAAUUCGGGUGGUACUACUACUAGCAUAUGCUUUGCAUGCAGUUUAGGUAUAGAGAAUAGCAAGGAGUGCAGUUGUACCACCAGUCUUAAUGGUACAAGCAGUAGCAGCCCCAGUGGUUAUGAUUUCUUAGGUUUGAAAACAGGUGUUUUGGACUACAGAAGCAUAGAGAUGAAAUGAGUAUUUAAAAUCAAACCGUUAUUAUGUGAGAUUUUACUUUAAAAAAAACAAAUUGGGGAAGAGAGAUUUCUGUAAUUUUUUUUUCUUCUUAUUUUUCCCCCUGGAAAAUUAUAUUCAUAUAUAGCUGAUUGCCCCUUGUUUCUUGAUU